CGAAAGGAAAAUUCAGAAAGGUAUUCAGAACGCUUGUCAGCCAUUGAUCUUUUUGUCCGAAAAAAUGCCGAUCGAGCUCGAACGAUGGCGCGGUCAGCGAUUGGCGAACGAUCCUUGGGAGGAAAAUGGCAAAAUGGUGUAGUCGUUAAACGGAGCCGCGCGACAUGGCGGCCGCCGAGCCGGCGGGCGGCGGCGGCGAGUUCGUGGAGGGCUGGCUCGUGGCGCAGGUGCUGGGCGAGGGCGCCUACGGAGAGGUGCGGCUGCUGGUGAACAGCGGUAGCGGCGCGUGCGUGGCGCUGAAGACCGUGCGGGCCGCGCCCGGGACCGGGACCGGGACCGGCACCGGGACCGGGACCGGGACCGGCACCGACACCGACAGCGACGCGCUGACCGCCGCGGCGCGCGAGGCGGCGCUGCACCGCGCGCUGCGCCACCCGCACGUGCUGCGCUGUCUGGGGGCCCGGGCUGCACCUCCCCACCACUACAUGUUCCUAGAGUAUGCUCAGGGAGGAGAGUUGUUCGACCGUAUCGAGCCAGACCGGGGUAUGUGCGCAACGCUGGCGCGCCGCUACUGGCGCCAGAUCCUCAGAGGGCUGAGCUACUUGCACUCCCGAGGGGUGGCACAUAGAGACCUCAAACCAGAAAACGUUUUGCUUGAUGACAGGGACCAGGUGAAGAUCUCUGACUUCGGUCUGGCGACGCUGUUCCGGCACGGGUCGCGCGAGCGGCUGCUGGCGCGCGUGUGCGGCACGCUGCCCUACGCCGCGCCCGAGGUGCUGCUCGCUAAGGCCACGCCCUACCGCGCGCCGCCCGCCGACCUGUGGGCCGCCGCCUUAGUGCUGCUCGCCAUGCUCGCCGGAGACGCACGCACUUGGUGCUCGCAGCCGGCGGCGCGGGCGGAGUCGGAGUCGGAGUCGGAGUCGGCCGCGCUCGACGAGACGGACGGCUCGGUCGCGCUGCUCGUGCACUCGCAGCCCGCCGCCGCCCGGGACCUGCUGCUGUCGCAGGCCACGCAGGGCGGCGGCGGCGGCGGGGGAGCGGGAGGGGUGGUGGCGCGCCUGGUGCGGCGCAUGACGCGCGUGUGGGUGCGCGGGGACGAGCGCCGCGCCCUCGCCGCGCUCACCGCGGCGCUCGACGCGCGCGCCAUGGCGUGGCGCCGUCUGCCGCAGUCGCCGCACCUGCUGGCUAUAGAGUGCGGCGGCGAGGUGCGCAUGCGCGCGUGGGCGGUGCGCGCGCGGCCGGCGGACGGCGACGCGCUCGCGCACGCGCACGCGCACGACUCGGGGCUGACGCUGUUGGAGUUCCGGCGCUCGCGCGGGUGCGGGCUGGCCUUCAAGCGGCGCUUCCUGCAGCUGCGCGCCGCGCUCGCCCCGCUCGCCGCCCCUCCCCCCGCCGAGCCCCGCGCGGACCUGGUGGCGCCGCCGCUACACCUCACGCCCGACCACACCGACCGCACCGACACCGACCACUGACUAGCCCCGUGCCAUCGAGGGACCGACAGAGACCUGAUUGUAGUAUUAAGUUUUAUAAAUUAAAUCGUUUUUACUUUUUUAAAUA